GUUUAAAUGAGAAACCAGACGUACAUCCCCUUUUCUUCUUCAAACGGCUCUGAGCUCUGCAAAUUGUAGAAGACCGCACCGCAUAAGAUAGUAUAAUAGUUGCUUGUACCAAACCGAACCAACCCACCCAUCGAAUCUGCCACCCGCCAAAACGAAUACUGACGGUCGGAGACCGAUUGUCCACCCUAGACUAGAGUGUAUCUCUCGGCAGGGAAAUAAUUGAGAAGUAAGGAAUUUGAAAGAAAAAAAAAAAAAAAAAGCAGGAGAGUGGGUGUGUGAGGGGCAGCAGCGUGGGUGAGCAUAAUCAAAUGAGUUCAAAGGAAAGUUGCAGAAGUGAACUUCGCAUUGCUAUUGGACAACUUACCAAUCGAUGUCUCUAUUCCGCUUCCAAAUGGGCAGCUGAACAAUUGGUAGGAAUCGAACAAGAUCCAGCUAAGUUCACUCCUUCCAAUACCAGAUUCCAACGUGGAAGCUCAAGUAUUCGCCGGAAGUACCGUACUCAUGACAUUACGGCCACGCCCACUGCCGGCGUUUCGUAUGUAGCUACUCCUGUUAUGGAAGAGGAUGAACUUGUUGACGCUGAUUUUUACCUUUUGGCUAAGUCUUACUUCGAUUGCCGCGAAUAUAAAAGAGCUGCUCAUGUUCUUCGUGAUCAAAUUGGACGCAAAUCGGUUUUCUUGCGAUCUUAUGCUCUCUAUCUGGCGGGAGAGAAGCGAAAAGAGGAAGAGAUGAUUGAACUUGAUGGACCUCUGGGUAAGAGUGAUGCUAUGAAUCAGGAAUUGGUUUCUAUAGAGAGGGAGUUGUCUACACUUCGCAAGAACGGCACAGUUGAUCCCUUUUGUUUGUACUUAUAUGGUCUUGUCCUGAAACAGAAAGGCAAUGAAAACUUGGCACGUACAGUUCUCGUGGAAUCUGUAAAUAGCUACCCUUGGAACUGGAAUGCCUGGACUGAACUGCAAUCCCUAUGCACUACUGUUGAUAUCUUGAAUAGUCUUAAUCUCAGUAGUCAUUGGAUGAAGGACUUUUUUCUUGCCAGUACCUACCAAGAAUUAAGGAUGUAUAGCGAGUCUCUGACAAAAUAUGAAUACUUACUCGGAACUUUUGGUUUUAGUAAUUACAUCCAAGCUCAAAUUGCUAAAGCCCAGUACAGUUUGAGAGAAUUCGACCAAGUUGAAGCUAUAUUUGAAGAACUGUUGAGGACUGAUCCUUACAGAGUGGAAGACAUGGAUAUGUACUCCAAUGUGCUAUAUGCUAAGGAAUGCUUUUCGGCUUUGAGUUACCUUGCACAUAGAGUAUUCAUGACUGAUAAAUACAGACCUGAAUCUUGUUGUAUUAUUGGGAAUUAUUACAGUUUGAAGGGGCAACAUGAAAAGUCAGUUGUAUAUUUCAGGAGAGCCCUUAAACUGAACAAAAAUUAUCUCUCUGCUUGGACACUUAUGGGUCAUGAGUUUGUAGAGAUGAAAAACACUCCCGCUGCUGUGGAUGCCUAUCGUCGGGCCGUUGAUAUAGACCCGUGUGAUUAUCGUGCUUGGUAUGGACUAGGACAAGCUUAUGAGAUGAUGGGUAUGCCUUUCUAUGCACUUCAUUACUUCAAAAAAUCUGUUUUCUUACAGCCAAACGACUCUCGGUUGUGGAUUGCUAUGGCUCAAUGCUAUGAAACUGACCAGCUUCGCAUGCUUGAUGAGGCGAUAAAGUGUUACAGAAGGGCUUCAAAUUGUAAUGACAGGGAAGCAAUUGCUCUGCACCAACUAGCAAAGCUGCAUUCAGAGCUCGGACGCCCUGAAGAGGCAGCAUUUUACUACAGAAAGGAUUUAGAGAGGAUGGAGUCAGAGGAGAGGGAUGGACCUAACAUGGUUGAGGCCUUGCUCUAUCUUGCCAAGUAUUACAAAUCUCAGAAAAGAUUCGAAGAAGCAGAGGUUUAUUGUACACGUCUUCUUGAUUAUACUGGCCCGGAGAGGGAGACAGCAAAAAAUUUACUUAGAGGGAUGCGAUCAACACAAUCUAGUUUGCCUCCAACAGAUGUUGACCACUUUACUCCCUAAUAUCUCUUGUGCUGCAUCAGAACUAAUGACAAAAGGAAUCAUUCUCAUACUGUAGUGCUGCAAAAUGUAAUAGCAUACUGCUCUAAACAAGCAGACAAGCAUCAUAGCACAUUUAAGUCCAAAGUGGUGAAAUGAUUUCCAAGAACAUGAGUCAAAAGCCAGAAAAGCCUUUCUUCUCUUGUAUCACUGGGUAAACAGAUUAGGGUCUGUUUGAUUUGUAAAAAUUGUAAUGGAUUAGACAUUAGAUAGCAUAAAAAGUUGUUAAUUUAUUAUUAUUAUUUUUUUUUUGUAUAUCAUGACAAAACAUAGGAUAAAAAAGUGGUAGAAUGAUGUAUUGCUUUA